GAUCAUAAUUGAUAAAUUUUUAAUGGUAUUCCUAUUGAAAUCUCAUAAAGGAUCCAUUUUUCAAGAUAAAUUGUAUUGUAUUACAUUGAAGUAUUUUUAUUGAAAAUUUGAGAGUAGAAAAAAAAUCAUUUAAUCGGUAUCAGUUUUUUUUAUAAUGAUUCCUUCUACUAAUAGUUUAAAGGAUUCUCUUAUGGUAUAUGAUCAUUUUAACUUGUAUAUUUGUCCUGAUAAUAUUUUUAUAGAACCAAUACAAAAUACAGAUAUACUAUUAAAUAUUGAUCGUAUAGACUUUACUUAUAAAAAAGAAGUGAACAAUGGGCAAAUACCAAAAGAUUGCAAUCAUCAACAAAUAUUUGGUUUAUUGGGUAUUAUAAAGUUAUUGGUUGGUCCUUAUAUUGUCAUCAUUAAAGGAAAAAAACUGAUUGGCAAAAUAAGUGGACAUGAUAUUUGGCAACUGAUAGAUGUAGACUUGAUACCAUUACCAAAGACUAAACUGCAUUUAAAUGAAACACAAAUACAAAUGGAUUUAGAAUAUGUGAAUAUGGUAAAACAAACGUUUAAUACACCUUAUUACUAUUUUUCUUAUACAUAUGAUUUAACUCAUUCAAUGCAACGACUAUAUUACACAUCGCCAUCAUUUUUAGAAACUCCAAUGUAUGAAAGAGCUGACAAAAGAUUUUUAUGGAAUCAUUCUUUGCUAUCAGAUUUUUGUAUAGAAAAUCAUAAAUUCUGUGUCCCAAUAAUUCAUGGAUUUAUUGCUAUAAAUUAUUGUGUUUUAAAUGGAAAACAUUUUAUUUGGACCAUUGUUUCAAGAAGAUCUUGGAAUCGACAUGGGCCAAGAUUAUUAAAGCGUGGGAUAGAUCAUGAUGGAAAUGUAGCAAAUUUUGUUGAAACUGAAAUGAUAGUAGAGUAUAAUAACACAAGAAGCUCUUAUAUUCAAACGCGUGGUUCUAUACCCUUGUUUUGGUCCCAAUAUCCAACAUUAAAAUAUAAGCCUGUAGUGCAAUUAGCCACAAAUGAAAAUCAUUUAGAAGCUGCAACUCGACACUUUAAUGAACAAAUAUUACUUUAUGGUCAACAAAUUUUAAUUAAUUUGAUUGAUCACAGAGGUGCUGAACAAGAACUGGAACGUAAAUAUCAUGACAUUGUAAAUAUGAUAGAUAGUAACAAAAUUAAGUAUGAAGCAUUUGAUUUUCACUGUGAAUGUAAAAAAAUGAGAUGGGAUAGACUUUCAAUUCUGAUAAAUAGAGUAGCACAUGAACAGGACAAUUUAAAUUAUUUUCUUUUGGGUUCAGAUGGUAAAUUAUUGAUAUCUCAAAAAGGAAUUUUCAGAACCAAUUGUAUAGACUGCUUAGAUAGAACAAAUGUUGUUCAAAGUCUAUUAGGAAGAAGAAUGUUAACCAUCAUGCUACAGAAAUUAGAUAUAUUACAUAUAGGUCAAAAAGUUGAAGAUCAGUAUGAUUUAGAAUCAUUAUUUAAAACAGUCUGGGCUGAUCAUGCUGAUAUUAUUUCAAUUCAGUAUUCUGGAACAGGAGCGCUGAAAACUGAUUUUACUCGUACUGGUAAACGAACAUACAAUGGAAUGUUAAGAGAUUUGAAAAAUUCAUUAAUUCGUUAUUACAAGAAUAAUUUAAAAGAUGGUGUGCGACAAGAUUGUAUUGAUCUUGUUUUAGGAAAUUAUAAAGUUAAUAAUGAAGAAAGUGCAUCUUUGUCAUGUCCAUUAGAAGUUAAACCUGCAUUAAAGUAUAUUAUGUAUCCUAUCAUUUUGAUGAUUGCCCUUGCAAUGUUUAUGGCUAAUGCAAUAUUUACAUCAGAAUACAGUACAGGAACAUACCUUUUUCUGCUUUUCUGGGGUUCUAUGGUGAUUUGUGUAUUAUCGUUAAUACUCUAUUAUGGAAAGGAAUUUGUUAAUUAUCCAAGGCUCUCUAAUUUUGAUAAUGGUCGACGUUUGCAUCAUCAUCAAUCAUAAGAUACCACACAUUCCUAAGUUAUUAAUUUUCAUUUGUUAAAAAAUUGGAAAUUUUUUUCAAUGUAAUAUUUUAUAAAAUUUAUAAAUUUAUUGAUUGUCAUAUGUGUGUGUUGCUAUUAAUAACAAUGUAAUUAAAAUAAAUGUAUAUAUACUUACUUCUGCAUUAUGAACCUUUUUUCACUUUAUUAAAUUAUAUUACUUGUACUAUUAAAGUAAAUUACUAUAUUUAUUUAUCAAUUAUUACAGUCUAAAAUUAUAUUAUGUUACAUUGGAAAAAAACAUUUUGUGUGAAUUUUAUUAUACAUUUUUUUUAAUUUAAAUAAUUUUCUUUUAAUGAGCAGAAGUUAAAGUUUUAUGGAAUAGGUCUAUGGAAGUCUGUCAUAAAUCUAUCCAAUAUAAAUCUGUCUUAAUUUCAAUAUUUAUAAAAUUUGAAAGAUCACCCAUAAAUAGCAAUAACAGUAUAUGAAAAUUUUAAAGUGUAAUCUA